AUGGCUUCCGUUGAACCGUUCCAAAUUGCAUGGCCAGAUGUCAAAGAACCCCCAGCGGCAAUCAAAAAAUGGGUGGACGACUUCUACCACCUUGCUGACAAUCAAGAAACGAAUGCGGGAGAACGGCUUGCCCAGCUCUUCACACCCGACGCCACCAUGCACGGCUUGGCUGGUCCUCUCACAGGACGGGAAGCCAUUGCUGCUAGUCGUCCCAAGGCGUGGAUCACGCAGAAAGAGCGCAGACAUGAACCACGACAGGUCUACACCACUAAGGCCGACUACAGUGAUAUUCUGGUCUUCGGACAACUCAAGUCAUGGUUCAAGAAUGGGGAAAUCGUUGAUGUAGAAUUCAUCGCUGGUAUCACUUUUAGUGGGGAUACAUCGAAACUUCCUCUGUGCUCCCUCUAUCGCGUCUGGGGGGAUAGUGCACCGUGGAUGAAAGCGAUGAGCAAGAAGGAGUAG